AUGGCGACGUCCACAACACCGUACGAUCAGUGGCUGGCAGACAAAUUGUUGUCGCUUAAUCCUGAGGUUGACACAGACGUCUUCGUCAUGUACAUCAGUAGUAUGUUGGAUGAAGACUCGCCAGCUGACGAAAAACGCGAAUCAAUACUUGAAUUACUGGCUGAGGUUUUGGAAACAGACCGUGAACAAGUCUGUGAUGACAUCAUAAAGAAAUACGAAGAAAUUCACAAUGAAACCGUAAACAAGAACACAGAAUCAGCUCAGAAAAAUAUUGCAGACCAGUUGUCAAAUAUGUUGGAGAAACAGACAAUAGAGCCUGUCAAGGUAAAAGACACAACCUCGGACGAAGCUCGUGCCAGAAAGGAGGCCAUUUUAGCCCAGUAUUCCACUGUGUCUGAUGAAGAAGACGACGAUGGACCGUCAAGCCAUACUGGAACCAUAGGAGCAGCCACUAGUGGCUCUGCAAGUGCCGCCGCUGCAGGAGACUCUCUGUUGAUGAAAAACACAAACGCGGAGAGUGUUGGACUGAUUGAGAAAGAAAAACGAGAGAAGGCAAAGGAAGAAGCAGACAAAAAGAAAGAAAAGGAUAAACAGGACCGAGCACAACAAAAACAGAAAAAUUUAGACCGAAAAGAGGCAGAGAAAAAACGAACACAGAAAGGAGAGAGACGAAGAUAGCACCCUUCCACUUAAAAAUUAGAACAUUUUUUAACUUAGAAAUUUCAAAACCUUAACACAAAUUAUGGAACGUGAACAAAACAUGCCACCAACUUACAGAUUCCCUUGAAUAUGAUAUAUAAAAGGAUUAGUAGAAACCAGUAUGCUGUGAAAUCAUAUAAGAUGUAACAUAUAAAAAAUUAUGGUUUGUUAUGGACUUGAAUCACAAUGUAUAAUGUAAGUAGUAGUGAUAGUAUAAUAUAGGUCCUGUAUCUCAUAAUGUAUUUGUGUAUGCAAUAUGUGUGAAGCAAUAGGGAAAGUAGGAGGUAAUCUGCAUCCGUUGAAACUUGAAAAGUGUUGGCACAAUAUUUUUCCCGAAGUCUUAAUGAAGAGAUCAGAUCAAAUUUUCAAGUUUUAUUACAUAAUGUAUACAUGUAUAACUAUUUUAAUGCUAGUUAAAUUGAGACAAAGAAAUAGUUUGUUUUGUAAAUUUUAAAAUGUAUAGAGAUCUGUUUCCUCAAAUGGGAUCCUGUAAUGAAAAAAAAAUUACUGCUUAAAUGGCUGUCUUUGGCAAUAAAUCACAAACAGAAUUUUCUCUGAUAAUUUUUGCAAUUGUCAGGUGUCUGAGUUUCUGGUUUACUUAACCCUCUGAUGAGUCGCAUAGUGAUUAACGAUCUGCCAUGCAUUUACUUUUCACAUUUUAAACCUUUAUGCAGGUUCCAUGUACUACUAACUUAACCCCAAACCCUGCUGUAAAUGAUCCUGGGAUAUUUUUCAGGUCAGACUGAAAUUCAAUACAGCCAUCAGGGCUGUCAUUUUAAAAUAUAUACAAAUUAAUUCAAUGUCUAGUAUAGUAGGCAUUAGGGAAGGGAGUACUCAGAAUGUUGUCCUAUAAAGUAGACAGUAGGGAAGGGAGUACUCAGAAUGUUGUCCUGUAAAGUAGACAGUAGGGAAGGGAGUACCCAGAAUGUUGUCCUGUAUAGUAGACAGUAGGGAUGGUAGUAACCAGCAUGUUGUCCUGUAAAGUAGACACCAGGGAAGAGAGUACUCAUAAUGGUGUCUUGUACAAUAGGAGUACCAAGCAUGUUGUCCUAUAAAGUAGACACCAGGGAAGGGAGUACUCAUACAUGUUGUCCUGUAAUGUAGACAGUAGGGAAGAGAGUACUCAGAAUGUUGUCCUGUAAUGUAGACAGUAGGGAAGAGAGUACUCAGAAUGGUGUCUUGUACAGUAGGAGUACCAAGCAUGUUGUCCUAUAAAGUAGACACCAGGGAAGGGAAUAUCAAGCAUGUUGUCCUGUCCUGUAAUGUAGACACCAGGGAAAGGAGUACUCAGAAUGGUGUCUUGUACAGUAGACAGUAGGGAAGCGAGUACCAUGACAUGUGUCUUGUAUAGUAGACACCAGGGAAGGGAGUACCAAGACAUGUGUCUUGUAUAGUAGACACCAGGGAAGGGAGUACCAAGAAAUUUGUCUUGUUUAGUAGACAGCACAACAGGGAAGGAGGUCAAGCAUGGUACUUAUAUAUAGUACUAUACAUAUAUUUUGGUAAGUAAAGCAUAGUAAUCUGUCCCACAUUUUGGUAUGGGCUUACUACAGGACAAUAAAAUGUGAUGAAUAAAUAUACAGAACAGUAUUAGAUAUAGCUGUUACAAAGGUUUACUGUAUAAUAAAUAUGAUAGUAUGACAAACUGUAGGAAGGUUGUAGAGUAAAUUUCUCAGUUUAUUGACUUUUUGAAAGGAAAUCAACAAACCCAUGGGCAUUACACAUGAAGCAAUUAAGUUCAAGGAUGUCACAAAACAUCAUCAUACUAUUAUAAGGAUGUAUGAUGUCCAAAUACGUUAGAUCAGUCAAAAGAUAAACCUGAUCCAAGCAAAUGUGAUGAGACACAAUGGUCCCUUUUAGUUAGAUGGUAGGUUGAGUAACUUUAUAUCUUUCAACAGGGAAUUAAGUGGGAUGAAGAUAGGGGGCAGCGUUAUCCACACCUCUAAUGAAACAUUAGCAGUGUCUCCGUCUGGUAUACUGCUUAGGUCUGGUUGGUUCUAGAGGCUGGAUAUAUUGUAACACAGCUAGUGCACCUUAUGGCAUUGAGAUGAGUCCCCUGCCAAACUGGAGAAGAUAGUUUUAAAGUAGCAGACUAGAAUGGUAAAAGUGGUGUAUAAGCUGCUGUUAAACAAGUAUUAAUUCAGUGUAGUUUUCAAGACUUUUAUUUUUGAUACCAUAAUACAUGUAUCUCUAGUAAUGAAUCGUAUGUGUAUUUUGUAGAACAUGGAAACAGAACAGAAAGUUCUGAUCAUGUGUAAAAUGAACUGUGAAAUGUAUACCUAUGAUGUAAUGUUGUUAACAUAUUAUUUCUAGCUUGUACGAGGUUCAUCAAUAAUCUAUCUGUUGUUCCAUUUGGUGAUAAUCUAUGCUGGUUUUGAUUAUUGUGGGCUUCUGUUUUGGGUUUUAGCUUACUUGGUCUGGGGUCCUGUGAGAUUAGGUCAUGGCGCAGCAUCUGUCAGAUUUUUCCUAAAAUCUGUACUAGUCCUGAACAACUGAAUGGAUUUUGAUUGAAUUUGAUCAGAAGCAUCCUUGGGAAACAGGAACUAAGUAUGUAUAAAUAUCAGUUCUUGCCCCGUGGGGCCUGAGGGAUGGGGCCAAAAAUGGAAAUGUAGAAAGUUCUUAAAAUUCCUUCUUCUGAAGAAAUUAUUAUAUUUUGCCAAAAUUUGGUCAGGAGCAUUCCUUGGUGGAGGGGGAAUAUAUGUUGUAAAAAAUGUGUAUCUCUGCCCUUUAGGGCGGGAGGGAUGGGGUAAAAUUUUUGGAAAUAGAACAAAUUCUUCAAAACCCUACUUCUCCCUAAGGAAUGAUUUGAUUUUACCCAAAUUUGACUUGAAGCAUUAUUAGGUGAAUGGAAAUCAAUUUUGUAUAUUUUUGUUAAUUUUGAUUUCUGAAGCAGGACUAAUGACAACACCUUGAUAGGAGAUGGGGGUUGGGCGAGCUGGAAAGACUAGAGAUUAGGAUAAUUUUGUCAGCAUUUGCUUCAUUUUGCAUCAAUGUAUAUGCAGCUGUGUAGUUUUUGUAAAAGCAGCUACACUCUUGUUUUUCCUUCAAAUCCCUGCUUUUAAAUACUAGUAGAUGAGAUCAAGUUAGAUUUCAUGUGUAAAAAUGUAAUAUCAGUUAUAUCAAUCAUCAGAAAGGUCAAUUUAUGCUUCAUAUCAAAACCAUUGUAAUUAAUUCACCUCAUGCUACCAGCUUGUAACAUUAAAAAAUUCAUAAUUCUGCUAAAAGUCAUGUUUAAAGGGGAGAAAUGAGGAAAAAAAAUUUCAUUUGAUAAAUUUUUUGUUUAAGAUUUUUUGUGGUCGAUGGAUAUUGCAUUCUCUGUGGGUUGAACUCUACAUGCCAACUUUGUAAUAGAAUAAAAAGUUUAUCUUGUUGAAUUUGCUUUGUGCAAUUUACUUUCGUGGUGGUAAAAAAAUUAAUUGUUUGAUAAUGGUACUUGAUUUUGCUGAAAUAAAAAUUGUCUACUUUCAAAAGAAAA